AUGCCGGACCCGUUUGGAUCUUUUCGGUGGAUCUGCUCCCACACAGUCCUUCCACAAUGCAAUCUCUUCUUCUACCAAUACCUCCACGACUCGGUACCGCCUCUCACAACCCUCUUCCCCAACUCUUCAGAUUUCUUUGACCAGUACAACAUUACUGGCCAGAAUUCAGAUGAAGAUCCUGUUGUGCAGGCAGCAGUAUCCGAUGCGGGCACAGGCAUCGGCUCGAAUUGCGAGAUUGCGCGCGUCGGGCACCGAGGGUCCAACGGCGAUAUCGCCCUGAUAGUCCUCUCCGCCCUCGCCCUCUUUACAGCCUGGUCCCUCGCCUUCCGCGCCACGCGCCGGUACGCCGCCGUCGGCCGUACCGAGCUCCGCCUCCUCCUCCUCUCCUACGGCCUCUACGCCGCCCUCCAAGCCGUCACCAUGUCCUCCGUGCUGGAACAAGGCGGGAAAGCGUUGGCGAUUUUGAGUGCGAUCCAUGUGGCGGUGGGGGUGGUGACGGCGUGGUUGUUGUUGGGGAAUGCGUUAAUUGCGACGCAGGUGGUAGAGGAUGGGACAGCAGCGGCUAUCGUACCUCUCACAGUGUUCAGCAUCCUCUUCUUCGUACCCACCCUCUACAUCUCUCUCGACACUGCUUUUCACUGGACGAGCCCUUUCAACAUUCCUCUCGCCAAAGUGGCCGAGGUCAAGUCGAUCGCCCUAUUUAUCUUGACUUUGAUCGUUCCAGCCGCGGCGGUAGUACUGUAUCUAGUCAUCAUGCUGUAUAUCGUCGUCAUCGUCCUGGAUGAAGUCAAACCUGCUUUCUUGUACACGCUCUCAUUCCUCCUCUUCGCCGGCGCCCAAAUCAUAUUCUUCCUCGCUUCCCAACCUCUCUGUAACGCCUCAAACGGCAAAAUCAACUCGGCCUUCCUCGCCUCGCUACUGCAAACCUUAUCCAUAGGGUCCUUAUACCUAGCGUGGGUGAGUAUUACAGAAGAUGAUUGGGGACAGGAUGAGUAUGGGAUGUAUUAA